AUGCGACUCGCGCACGUCCUCGCCGCCGCGGCCGCCACCUCAACACCACCCCGCGGCUUCCUGCUCGUGGCGACUAAACGUCCCGUCCUGCUCCUCCAAGGGGACGCCGACACCGACUGGCGCAGGGACGAGCUCGGCGGUCUCUUGCGGGACAUUUGCGCCCAAGAAAAGUACCCGGCGACGGUCGUCGUUGGGGAUGCGAAGGAGGUAUCAACCGUCGAACGCAACCGGCCCUGCGACCGCGUUGUAGCGCGUUUGUUGCCCGACCGCCGCCGCCUGAAUUUACGCGAGGACGGGUCCAUCUUCCCGAUGCGCCUGUUUAAAGUGAGAGCCAUCGCCGCGUUCUGCAAUAUCUAUGAGGGCGGUACGUUAUAUAUCGACAACGACGUGCAGCUGCGCUUACCUGUACUGGAUGAGCUCUUCGCGAUCUUCGACGCGAUGCAAGCCCAAGGCAAGACCGUGGGCAUACUGAAAGAUCCGGGCGUCCCUCCCGGCCACGAAGUCGAUAGUAUACCGGAGUGGUUCGGCGAGCGCAACGGCGGCGUCGCCUUCUGGGGACCGGGGUCAUCAAAAGUGGCCGAUGCCUGGGUCGCGGAGAUGCGCUUCAAUACCACGAAGGACGGCCACGACCAGAUGCCCCUCCGCAAAGUGCUCUGGCGGUAUCGCGACGUCUUGUACGAUUUACCGGAAACAACACAAUGUAGAAGGUGCACGCGGCGGACGGGCCGCGACCCCUGCGCCUACUUACUGUGGCACAACCACCGCAAGAAGCGCGAGGAGCACAAGUCGCCGCGGACGACGGCGUGCGGCUACCACGCGCCGCCGCAAGAAUUGGUCCUGCGGCACCAGCACCACGGCCACUCUUCUUCGCCGUCGCCGCCCGAGGGGUAA